GCGCUGCUGCCCGAGGGCGUCCAGUUCGAGCUCGAGCGGGCGUCCGAGCAGCACGCCAUGUGCCUGAUGGGCACCGCCUGGAGGAACGCCAUCACCGGGGACAUCGGCAUGACGGGGCCGGACUUCGGGUCCGUGUCGGACUUCUCCGUGGUGGACUUCUGGUCGCGCGAGCUGGUGCUGGGCGACCUGAAGGACCUGUCGGAGGACCCGUACUUGUUCCGACCAGUGCCCAUGAGGUACAGGACGUGGAUGUACCACGAGAUGUAUUUGAACAGGCACGUGCUCAGGAGCAAGGACGAGUACGCGAUGCUGAAGCAGGUCCUCAGCCAGUUCUGCAUUGACAUCGAUGGCGGGUCUCGCUUCUCGCCAGUCAUGUGGUACGCGCCCGUGGGCUUCGCCAGCACACUCGCUCAGGACAACAACUUGGUCCUCGCGGCGGUGCUCGUGCUCUUCCUCAUCUUCGGCCUGUCGCGGACCAUGAACACCAUGAAGCUGUACAGGUACAUCAGACUUGCUACCCUGCCAAUGCGAGCAGGCUUCAUGGCGCUUGUUGUCCUGAGGAUGGCUUCAGUCACCUCUAUUUUGCGCAUCCUCGGCUACGUGCUGGUACUGUUGAUUUGUGGGUUAGACUUGUACUAUGGCGACAUCUUGAUGCUGACAAGCUACAGGCUCCACUGCCACUACGAGAUCCUCAGGAUCUUCCCCAACCGCGUCGUCCUUUGCCGGCGAGUGGGGGGAUCGUACGAGACCACUCGCUACUCGAAGCCUGUGCACCAG